AUGCCGCCCAAGCCUCCUCGUAACGAGCGCUCACUCGUGUGUUUCGUCCAGGCCUUGGUCGGUACUACGGUGGUGAUCGAAUGUCGAGACGAUGUUGCGAUUCGCGGUCGUCUGGAGCACUGCGACGACGACAUGCACUGCACGCUGGUGGACGCCAUCCGGGUAACGCCCGAGGGUGAGAAGACCAAACUCGAGCGUGUUUUCGUCCGAGCGCGGAUGAUUCGAUACGUUCACUUCGCGCCGAGCAUCGAUCCAUCGGCGCUGAUCGAGGAGAAGCGGUUGGAGCGAUUUGAAGGGGCGAGGCACUAUGCGAAGAAGGCGGCGUUCGGACCGAGGAACGCGCCGAAGGUGGAAGGGAAAGCGCGAUAG